AUGCGAGAAUGGAGGAAGACGAUGAAGAAAUGAUAUUGUCGAAAUAAUUUCCUUUUUAUUCAUUUAUACAAUACUGAAAGAGGCUUAGAACCUCUUGUCAGAAUAGAUGGAGACUUUAACACUAUAAUGACGGACUUACUCAACCCAGGAGAGUUCAUAAAACAGCGAUGGAAAGUUAUAAGAAAAAUAGGAGGAGGUGGAUUUGGAGAGAUAUAUGAAGGUAUUGAUCAGGAAACCGAAGAUAAUGUUGCAAUCAAGUUGGAGUCCGCUUCACAACCAAAACAAGUUCUUAAAAUGGAAGUUGCUGUGCUUAAAAAGCUUCAAGGUUGUUCUACGAUCUGCAAAUUUUUUGGCUGUGGGAGGAAUGACAACUACAAUUACAUAGUGAUGUCACUACAAGGCAAUAAUCUUGCACAACUAAGACGGGAACAACCUCAUGGCGUCUUUUCGUCGAGCACGUUGCUGCGUUUGGCUCAUCAAAUUUUGCAAUCUAUCGAGGCAAUACAUGCGGCUGGUUUCCUUCACAGAGACAUAAAACCUUCAAAUUUUGCAAUGGGUGAUGUUGACGUGAAUAGUCGUGUCUGUUAUAUGCUGGACUUUGGACUAUGCAGACAAUAUACAAAGUCAACAGGAGAAGUUAGACCUGCAAGAAGCAGUGCUGGUUUCAGAGGAACUGUUCGCUAUGCAUCAAUCAAUGCACAUAAGAAUAAGGAAAUGGGUCGCCAUGAUGAUCUGUGGUCAUUCUUCUACAUGAUGGUGGAGUUCUGUAAUGGCCACCUUCCAUGGAGGAAGAUCAAAGAAAAGGAAAAGGUUGGAAAGAUGAAAGAGAAUUAUGAUCACUCGCUGUUGCUGAAACGCAUGCCGAAGGAAUUCAACAACAUUUUAAAUCAUAUCAAAAGUCUUGGCUAUUCAGACAAACCCAAUUAUCAGUUUAUUUUUGAACUACUGGAGAAAUCAAUGGAGAGAGAAGGGGUUAAAAAUGAUGAUUUGUUUGACUGGGAGAAGACUACAACUGAUUUAUCCACAGCAACUACCACAACCAGCACAACUCCUCCGCAAUAUCGCUCUUCACCUGAGAACAAAAUUCAACAUUCAGAUGGUGGAACGGAGAGUUCAGGUGAUGAUAAGAACGAGAAAAAGAAACAAGAUCAUGUUUUACAGCAGAAUAAACUCAACAAAGAUGAAGACCGUAACGUUGAAAUAAUCCCCAAAGGCAAAGACUUAAUAAUGGAAUAUAAAGAAGUGAUUGAGUCACCGAAGAAGAUCAGUGAUGAAAAUCUCGCCUCGCCUAAGAAAAAUACCAACGAUAAUCCACUCUCCUCUCCUAAGGAUAUCAAGGACCAUGGCAACAGUUGCGCAACGACCAAGGAAGUGAUGGAAGCGAUUGUUGUGAGAAGUGCUGAGCAUGGCCACCACACGCAGGCUGAAUCCCAGGACUUCACGUCAACACGUCAUCAGGAGGAUGGCGUCGAGAUCAGAGUCACGUCACAGGGCGAGGAGCAUAGCACGAAAGAUAUCAACGAUUGUGCAGAGUAUCCCGUGAAUACUUUACCCGCGUUAACAAAUGAUGACAAUAUAAAUCAACUUGUGGUCGAAGAGUUAGUUGUUUACACUGAAGAGAUGGCGUUGUUUCAUCGACAUGAAAUCACUAGCCCGCGUUAUUCGUUCAAUGUUCCAACCCAAGAUCAACCGCUAAAGGGUGAGAUUCUGGCCUGUGAUCAUCGCGAUUCUGACGAGAUUUUUGCCAACAAAGAGAGAUGGACGGGAUUGAAAAGUCCCAUGGAAGAGGAACCGUUUAAUGGGGACGAUCACGAUGCGAGGGAACCAGCGAAGAGUGUUUUUUCACCAGGUUUGUUAGCAUCGUACGACAUCAACUCAAUUCCAGCGCUUUGGGGUAGCUCGGACGAGCCACAGAAUUAUAAUCCUACGGUAUCCAGAGCUGGCGAGGGAAUGUUUGCGAUUCCUAAGCUCUCUGAUUUGUACGAAGACGAGGGAGAGGGAAUUUUGGGCGUGGUUAUGACGGAAGAUCGUGGAAAUGAGGCGGAAGAUGACGCGUACGGGUGGGGGUAUCCACUUCCUAGCUAUGAUCCAGCAUAUGGCACCCCCCUGCGUAUGGUGGACUACUAUGAUGUCGAUGAUAACGCUGACGUUGAAGACGGGGGGGAAGAGAAGAAAGGAGAGGAGGUUGAAGCUCAAAGUUCCCCAGGAAAAGCUGAAGGUAUGGAUGCUGGUGAUUACGUUCUAUACCAUGAUGAUGGUGGUAAUACAGCUGGUUUACAGGUGAUUUACCAUCAUGUUGAUGACGAAAUGAAAUGUGCUGAUCAGGAUGAUAAUGUUUUUGGAAUUGUUGAUGCAGCUGACUACAAUAAGGAUCAGCUGGGAAACAAGUUACGAAGAUUGAGUUCUUAUGAUAAUACCGUCACCCCUGAUGAUAAAGUAUGUCCGCUUGAAAGCAUUACUUUGAGAAGCCACCUUGAAAAAGUUCACGAAGCCAAUUUAACGGAAAUCGAGGAAAUGAACGAGUUAGUUCCUUCAUCUAACAAGCAUCAAGCUGAAGGCUCUAAUAAUGCGCUUACUCCAGAGAAUCUUUUAACAACAACUUCAUCAGCAGAAACUUCGCCAGCGCUUCGUGAAUGCACGGUCGGCGUUCGGGCGACGAGCAGGGACAGUCUUGCUGGGCUCGCUCCAGAUUGGGAGGAAUCUCGUUCCUCGUCUGAUGAUGUCGCUGCUGCUGAGCAGUUGGAGAAGUUGGCCAUAUCGAACAUUUCGGCAGCAUUUGGACAAGUUCCGGUUAUUAUGGAAAGCGAGGGAGUCGGGAAGACAAAUCCGAGUUUGAUGUCAAAAUUGAAGAAAGAUUUGCCGAUGAUAGAGGGGCUGAUAUUACCAAGUCUGCAGUCUGCUCUGCUCCGUGCGACAGAGAGAAGUGACAAAGGUCUGGAGAGAGAUAAGAAAACGAUGGUUCGUGAAACAGACGAGGGUGGUGUGACGGACAUCGAAGAAAAUACUACCAACGAAGGUUCAGCUGGUGCGGACAAAUCAAACCAAGGCUUGGUUGAUUUGAGAGAACAAAAUAUGAACCAUGAACAACAGGAAUAUUAUGAUGGUAUCCAAGAUCAAAAUCAUCAACACCACUUUGGACAAAGCAAUGUUAGUGCUAGAAUACGAGAGAUUUCUCCUGAGCCCGAAAAUGAUACGAAAUCCAUUGAUCUUAAAAUCAGCCACGAGGAAACUGUGACUGGACUGUCGCAGCGACCAGACACUUGUGGAAGCACAGAGAGGAGAGUGACGUCAGAACAGGAGGAUAAUGUAAACACGAGGUUAACAGACAGGGUUAUGCACAGAGCUGAAGAUCAGCUGGAAACUGGAGGGAUGAAUGUCGUAAUACUGGGAAACGAUAUACUGGGAAAUAACGAGGAGGUAGUAAAUAGUAAAGAAUUAUAUUUAUUGGAAGAUGAGGGGAGAAAUAAUGGAGAUAUUGAAAGAACUCAAGAAGAAACGCGGCUGGACCACGAUAUGAACGAAAUAGAAAAUAUUGACGAUAAGAUACAGGAGAAUUACCAACCUCAUAAUUGCGAAGUUUUGGAUAGGAAUAUAGAGAUGGAAACACUCGAUAAGGACGUCCUAGGGUGUUCACGGAGUAAUACGUGUAAUGAUGUACAAGAUGGGACACUUGAUGGUAAAAAAGGUUUGAGUAAUGUUGUUCAUGAAGGGACACUUGGUGAUAUGCCUGUUAUAUCUGUCGCAAAAGAUAAAGAGCUGAAUGAAAAGACGGAUCCGGAAAUGGUGGCUGGAAUACAGCAAGUAAAUGGUUUAGAGUUUAUUAGUUCAGACAAUGAAGGUGAUAGCAAGAAGGAAAGUGAGAAUAAAGCCGUUUCAUCAGAUCAAGAUAAAGAUACAGAUGUACUCGUUGCAGAGGAACUUGAAAAGCAUCGAGGGUUGAGUAACUCUAACAGCAGUGAAUCCAUUAACCAAAUGAAUUUGUACAGCGGUGGUUCAAAGAACAGCGAUAGUACAAAAUCAUUCCCCGAGACCUCCCUGAAUGAUGAAAUCAACUUCAAGAAUGAAAAACCCAAUGAAAGCUCCGAAGAGGCUAAAACACAGCGUGGUCAUAUUUUAGAGCGUAGAGCAUCUUUCUCGGAAAGUGCCAUGGGGGAUCUACGGGAUGAAACAGGAUAUGAAGAGGUGAAGGGGUUGGAAAAGGAUAAUUGCAGUGAAUUGAACCAGCCUAGACCCCCACCUGAAGGCAGCUCAAAAAGAUGCGUCCAUGCAAGGUUACGACGUUUUAAGCCAUAUCGGGACUCAAAGGGUUUGUACUCACACUCACGAUUAGCUUCAGAUAGCGAUACGCCGCUUACCAUAUGAGACAACGGCGCAGAACACUAGAGUUUAUACGUAGAGCAUAAGUUGAAUAAGUUACAAAGCAAGGCAACUUUAACUAAGAUCGCCAGGCAUAAACACAAAAUCCUUUUUAAAUUAUUUUAAAUAUAUAUAUUUUUAAAGACUAUAGUCUUAUAUGAUGCGAGUAAUAUGCGAUGCAAACAUGAAAUACAAGUGAAUAUUUGGUACAAGUUCGGUAUCAGGUGUUUCAUGAUCAAAUUACAUCUGAUCAUGCGUUUCUGUGUCCUACAACAAAGAUCUUAUGUAAAGUUGCCUUUCUUUCAUAUAAGCCCUAUAUUAUAUAUGAUUUUAUCGCAAGUGUUUUACCAAUAUGCUGGUCGUAUGGUAAAAUAUAUAUUAAAACUAUUAAUUCUGUAUAAAUAUUACAAGCACGCAUUCGUUAGACUAAAUUCAGGCAUCAUGUUUAAAUUAAGAAAAAAAUGUUUUUAAAGUUCUUGUUUUAUUUAAAUACGCUAGCAAAAGGAAUCGAAUACAGUUGUUCGUGAACAUAAAAACUCGUUUUAAAAUGAUUUUGAAAUGACGUUUACAAACUUCGGAAAGUUAUAAAUUUAAAUGCUUGGAAACCUAAUAUAUUUUGGUAGUCAGGUGGCCAUGUUGGAUGUCGGGCCGCAUGCGCACUUCAUCAAAACAAGCAACAAAACCCAACAAUAUUUAACCCAAUAACGCAGCAAGGUCAAAUACCAUGAUACACUACCAUUUAAUUUGUGUUUUGUGUACGGUCGCUUACGAACUGACGCAUUUCAGUUUAGUCCUUACUCGAUUCCUUAUAUUAAUGAUGUGAAUAUAAUAAAUAAAUUAAUAUUCGCUUUAUUGUAGUGUGGAGUUUGAAGGCGUGCAAAUGUUGAAUUUAGUUUAUAUUAUGACCUUAUCAGAGCAGGCUCUGUAAAGUAGAACAUUGAGUUAUUAUAGAAUUAAAUUGAGUUUAGAAGAUGUGUAUAGUGUUUGCCUUAUUUUUGUAAAAUAGACAAAAUGUGUAAUAAAA